UAACCAGUUUUAGCCACCUGAAAGUGUCGCGAGCACAGCUUACGGCUGCAGCGCAGCGCCAUAGCUGGAGCUCUUAAAAUCUGCUGAGGUACACCUGGAGCACGGGAAGCUGUUACUGCCGUAGCAGCCUCCUCGAGCUCUCAGGGGAAUCUACCUGGCAGUCCUCGAGCACGGGGCCGCCGCUGAGCAGCGGCUCCUUGGAGCUCUCCUGAGGAUUUGCGUAGCUACUCUCGAGCCCUGUCUCGCCGUUGCUGGCAGUGGCGUGCCGGAGCUCUGCUGAGGGAAUCUGCUACGUGUCAGAGCACACGCGAGUGUUGCUGAAAGCACCGCCCGCACUACAGCUCUGAGUAGGACGUCCCCAGCACGGCAAGCCGAAGCCAGUGCUCUGAGGAGGGACGUGAAGCAGCGUCCACGCCGACGGGAGUGCCCGGCCAACACUCCACGCCGUUCGAGCUAAGGACCCUGAUUUGGCGACACACAGGUGAGAAAGAAAAAAUCAGUCUAAUAAUGGGGCAAUCACACUCUACCGGUGAUAAAUAUCUUUAUAAGCAACUAAAGCAUUUAUUGUACUCUAGUCAAAGUAAGUUACCGAAAGAAGAGCUAAAAAACCUCUUAGAAUGGACUUUGAUUAGCUUCCCAAAUGUUGACCGGUCAGCUGUAUUUACCAAAGAAUUUUGGGACACAGUCAGAAAUAAGCUCUUUAAUAACAUUUCCCGCCGUGAUUUCGCGGCCGCGGAGCUCGUCCCAGCCUGCAGGGCGCUUGUAGAAAUCCUUGCUGCGAAGGAGCGACCCGCGGUAGCUGCUUUGAAGAGCGCCGUUCCCGCCGCGAGUUUGCAGCAGGACACGCCCACCGCCUUCCAGCCGAACCUCGUAGCUCCGACCCCUACGUUUGCGGCCGCCGCGCCCAGAGCCGUGCCUCCCUCCGCGCCCGCAGCGGCAGCCCAGCCUCCUGGCCCCAGUCCCCCCAGAGCGCCUCCGUUGUUCGCCGCGCCGCCGCUGCUCGCCGUUCCGUCCCGGGCCGUGCCGGCUCCGCCGCAGCCCCCUGCGUCCGAGCUGCUGCGGGGAGUCGCCCCGCCGCUUCUUGCCACCGCGGAUGCCCCGUUCCCGCCCGCGGCUGCGCUGCCUCCCGCGCCCCCAGUCCCGGCUGCGGCGCUGAUGGACACAGACAGGCAAGCCCUGCCUAGCACGUGCGCCAUUGUCCCGCAUCACGCGGAACCGCUGGAGUGGCCCGCGCAUGCGCAGUUGCCGCUUCCCCGGAACCAGCACGCCCCGCCUCCGCCCCCCGCAGCCUUUGCCGCGGCUCUGACACAGCCUCCCGGUCCCGACCCGCCGCCUGCCACAGUGCAGCCCCACCCGGCAUCCCUGUGCCCGCCGCCCCCAUGCCAGGCUGCACGGCCGCCGCCGCCGCCAGAGCCGAUAUUCGCAAUUCCAGAACUGUAUCCAUCCGCGCCGCCAGCCCAGCCAGUUCCUGCUCCGACAGCCCCAGCUGCAGCCUCUCCGCAAAUAAUCCCUCCCGCAGCUCGGCCCGCCACACCACCACCAAGGCACCAGCACACAGCACCCACGCAUCUCCAGCCCCCAAACAUCCCUCCGCCGCCACCGCCGAGUCCACAGACAACACCACUACAGCCGAUUCCUGCACCACCUUGGAUGCAUCCUUCUGCACCACCCCCUCUGCCAUACGCCGCCGUCCCAGGCACAGCCACAUCUUUGAGAGACCCCUCACCACCGCACGACCCUGCCCAGCUAACAGCUGAUGUGCCUUCACUGUCAGCUCCUCUGCCUCCGAUGCCUGCUGCCCUACCCCAGCCACCGAAGCUCCUUGGUCACCCAGCUGCGUUCCCGCCCUCCGCACCCCUACCACCAAAUGAGACUUCAUUGUAUCACAACUCGUCCAUACAGUCCCAGCCAUGCACACAAACUGUGCAACGAAAAGGGGGAGAGUGGAAUACAACAGCUGCUUCAAUGAAUACAGGACAGACAGAGAACUAUUUUGUCCCUGCAAAUGACAACCCUUUGAUUCAAAUACAAGAGAACCCUAAAAAACAAAUAAGUCUGUUCCCAAACAGCUUUACAGGCCCCUCUGUCCCUGUGUUUGGGACAGACUUCUCAACCCAAAAUGAGACAUUAAACCCUGAUUAUUCACUAACAUCAAUCCCAAAAGUACAAAACCCCCAGAAGUGCUUCGACAAUUCCCAGUUCACAGACUGGCAUGAAGUCAGACGUCUGAUUUGCAAAGAGGAAAGUCUAAAUCUUCUAGCUAUGCCUGUGCUAUUCAGCCAGCAAGCCGAAGGUCCAAGAACAUGGACAGCUAUCCCACCUCAUGAAAUAAAAGAACUACGAAAAGCAGUGAAAGACAGUGGCAUUUGCUCACCCUAUUUUAAACAACUGCUUAAAAGUAUGAUAGAAGAACACACGCUGACACCAAAUGACUGUAAAAAUCUCGCCAGUGUAAUUCUCACAGAUUCACAAUAUAUGCUGUGGGAACACAUAUGGAGAAGAAUGCUUACAGGAGUUUUGACCACUUACAGGCAAAGCACUGAUGCAACCCUUCGCACCCUUACCAUAUCUAAGUUGACUGGUGAGCAUCCUGAUGACCGGAAUGAAGAUCAAGUGAACCUACCCAGAAUAGUAUUUGAUGACAUUAAAAAAAUGGCUCGUAGAGCCUUUUUGCAGAUUCAGCCUGCAGGAAGUUUUGAAAAAGCCUACAAUCUGAUUAGUCAAGAGCUGUCUGAACCAUUUACUGCAUUUGCAGACCGAGUGAUACAAGCAGCAGAAAGGCAAUGUGGCGAUGAUAUAGCUCGCCCAAUUAUGAUAAGAGACAUUAUUGAAAAUAAUGCCAAUGCUGAAUGUAAAAGAGUAAUCAAAGCCCUAGGAAAACAAAGACCCACAGUACCUGAAAUGAUUGAAGCUUGCAACAAAAUUGGAAGUCCACAGCAAGUGGCAGCUAUCCAAGCAAAUGAACUUGGAAAGACUUUAGGAGAAAAAAUUGAACGAGCUGUUACGGCUCAGGCAACACAAGCAGAAGCACGAGACCAAAAACUGACUGAAAUUCUAGCUGCUUUGCACCUUGGCUAAAAGAACUUUGUAAAAUAGGCCUGUUCAUUUUAAUAGUAAUAGUUGUAGUUUUAGUAGCAGUUCCCUGCAUACUUCAGUGUGUACAGAAAAUUAUGAGUAAAGCAGUUUCUAGUAUUUUAAUUGUUCAUCAGAACGGGGGAGAUGUUGGGAAGGAUGAAGUAGAAAGACCUUGCAAAUAUAGUGGUUUAGAUUCUGGGAGUCUGAGUUCAACAAGCGAGAUAGAAAUGAAAGCAUGCUUUGAGAUUUAGGGUGUGGGGUGCAGGGCCAUCAGCUUGUGAACAACGACCUGCUAAGCUAAGGGCCAGAUCGUUUGAUUAAACAAUCCCCUUCUGCUUGCCUUGGGUGGUGGGACAUUUCUAUUGGCUGUAUAUGUUGUCAUCUUGUAUUAGAUUGGUUGGUCCAACUCAUACUCUUCAACUUAGAAAGAUAUUUAAUGUACGGGAUUCGGGGCUCUGCCCUCUCUCGGCUCGGUUCGCUGUUCCUGCUCUCCUGGCCUGCUUUAGCUGUGCCUAGCAGCUACAAGCAAGGCCUUCCCAAUAAACCACGUGUUACCCCUGCUCAUUGCUUAUAGAGAUACUUUGUCGCCGAUUCUACCCUGACGGAGAUACUCCUUCAUAUAUCAAAUAUUAUUCUUGCAUGUGACAACGGUGUGUAUUAACUCUUUUGCAGUGUUCUGAGUACUCACUGCAAAUAUUUGCUUUGUAUUUGUAGAAGAGUUUGCUUUCAUCAAAUAAGCUAAUCACCUGGGAGAAACAUGUGAUUAGUAUGAAUAAUUUAGGUGUCUGCUUGUUGUCUCAGGGGUCUACCAUUCUAUGUUAUGUCCAGGAUGCCAACUGAGAUAAAGAAGAUAGAGAGCAAAGCUGGUGAUGUUGUCACCUUAUCUUCUCCACCUCCUAGCCCCAAAGUGGUGUAAAAAUAAAAUUGAGGGAGUUUCUUUGGUUGGUUGGGUGGGGUUUUUUUUGUGUAUGUGUGUUUGUCUUAGUAACUUUUAGAAAUAGUAAUCGAAAUAUAAUUAGACAAGGAUAACUCAGGGUAUUUUGUGUGUGUGUACAAAAUAAACCUUACUUUCUGUAGAACAAUUGGACUUUAUAUAAACAUGGGAAUUUCUCACAGACAGUGAAGUAGAUUUUUUGCUCAGAAUUAUGAGGAAAAGAAGAAGGAAAAAUAUUUUCUGAGAGGAAGGUGAGAACUAGGUCUCUUACUGAAGUUCUCAUCUUCCCAUGUCUGCUUCAAGAUGCUGUUGCAGAGCUCUAGCUAGUUGUUUACCAUCUGACCCACCUGCAUACCAGAACUCUGCAUAUGGCAAAAUCAAGAAAUUUGGAGUGCAAAAUAACUCUUCUAGUUACUGCCUGAUAAAAGCCAACUUCAGCUUUAAAACUCUGUGAAGACACACGAAGAAGCUAUAAAGACUUGGAAAUAAAAAAGAGAAAGUUAAGAUGGUGUAUCCUUUUCAGUGCUGUCCAAAGUAUGGGCUGUGUUGACUCUGGUUCAUGGUUUUGUUGUGUUUCGGAGUUGGAUUUUAUGAGAAAGAAAAAGUUCUGUUUAAAAUAUUUGCAACAGCAUGUUCUGUUAGGAAAUAUGAGAAAUGCAGAAAACAACUCAAUAUUCAUUAAGCCUAAAACUGUUUUUUUGGCCAAUGUUAUGGUUCCAUAAGCAGUAAUAUGGCUGCACUUGCGUUACGAAAGAACUUGCUUCCUUUGCAGUACUAAGAUUUGAAAUUGGUCUGGCCUUUGGAGACACUUGUAUAUCAAGAGCAUGAAAACUUGACACAUAUCAGAAUGCUUGGGAAGACUUUGAGAAGCCUGAAUUUUAAAUAUACAUACAUAUAGACAGAUAGAUGAGUGUAUGUGUAUAUGAAAAAACAGUGACCUUAAGCCCAAAUUGUUCUGGCAUAGAUUUUCGCUAACUCUUUUGCAUAUAUAAAACAUUUUAUAUUGCUUUCCAGUUUUUUUAAAUUGCUAUUCAUUAUUUUAAUGUUUCUCUCUGGAUCCUGUUUAUUUUCUUUGAGAUAGUGAAGCAUAGUUCUAUUGUUACAUGCAUAUGCACCUCUCAAAACAAAAAGUUAACUUUGAAUUAAAUAGCCAGUCUCAGCUUUACAAAGUAGGUAGAGAUAAAUGAUGGCUAUCUGCCUUGUUGGUAGAAAUUGACAUUUAUCUCCUGAGGAGAAUUUCUCAGCUUUUUUAAAUCAAGAGAAUGCUGGUAUCUGGUCUACUAGAAAGUUAAUAAUCUCUCUUUUUUUACUGUUCUUAGUUGUUCUCUGAGACCCCUGAAUUCUGCCGUGUUCUUAUAGCCUAUUUUCCCUCCUGAAUUAGAGGAGGGCUUGAUUGAAAAGCUUUUGCGGGUCUGUUGGGGGUUAGAUUGGCCUUUUUUUUUUUUUUUUCACUUACAGAAUUUUUUCCCAUAAGUUUCCAAGAAGCCUUAAUGACUACUUAAUCAGAACAAAAGGGAGUACUUGAAGGACAUGGCAACACAAGGCUACACCUAUUGUUUUUAAGUCUCUGGGAGUGUCCCUCAGAGGGGAGAGAUAAUGAGCUUUGGGAAAGGUAAAAAGAGAGCUGGGGGAGGGGAACUCACUCUUGCUCUCAGCACCGAGGAGGACCGUCAAGCUGCCCCUCGCUGCAGGAAGAGUUCACAGCCAUCACUCUGCCUCCGUCUCAUCCUGGGAAAUCUACCGUCAUCUGCUCGUGUACCCGGGAAUCCUGAGCUCGUUUUCUCCAGCCUUCCCCCCCCACUGCUGCUGCUUAUUCGGAUCUUUGAGGUUCCCCUGCUACUCUGUAGCCCUGCACUGCCCAGCCCUGCCGGGACACCCCUGCCGCUACAGCCGCCAGCACAGAGCUCCUCAUCUCAUCCACCAGCCCGGGACUUUCCUCCCUUCCAGCUCAGCCUCUCGGAGUCCUGCAGGGGCACCGAGAUCAAACUGCCCUGGGCUUUUUUUUUGUGUAAAAAAGCCCUCAAGGUUCUUGGUUCUGUUUAUUAUUAAUGCUGUAGUUGUUGUUUGUUUGUUGUUUUGUCAUAUAUACUAGUAAAGAACUGUUAUUCCUAUCCCCAUACCUCUGUCUGAAAGCUCCUUUAAUUUUUAAAAUUAGAAUAAUUUGGAGGGAGGGGAUUCGAAUUCUCCAUCUCUAGGGAGGUCCUACCCCCUUCCUAGCAGAUACCUGUCUUUCAAACCAAGACAGGGUCCCAGGAGAGGAUCCAAAAAAGAAUUGUUAUAGAGACUCAGAUUUCUAGGAGCUCUGGGGACUGGCUUUGAGUCACUGUGAGGGCUGCUGUUUACUCCUGCGCACUUCUUUCAGAGCUGACAGUGGCUGUCAAGCAAGCCAAAUGUUAAUACUUAACACUUUUUAAAGUUUGUUGGUGCACUGAGAUCUGACCUUUCUUGUGAAGUUGCUUCAAUUAUUUCAGUGAUUUCUGGUUAUUAUCAAAAUCAAAUUGAAAAGAAAAGAUCAUCUGGUAUCCUGCUGCUGGUAUUCUUUUUCUUGUGAGCAUUUCCAGAGAGUUCCUCUGUGGGCAGCACAUGGGGUUGGUGACAUGAGGCAACUCCUUGCAGUCCUUCAGCUGCAGGUAUUUCUUUCUUAUCAGAGAGGACAGAAACAGGUUCAGCGGCCAUGUGUAAGACCAAAAUUGGGCUCUGUAUUGGGUUAUGUAACAAAAAAAAAAAAAAAAAGUGUGUUCGUGUUCUGUUUCAUAUGUAGAAAGCAGUUGGGGAGAUGGGGUUUUUUUUCUUUAUCUCUUGUAACUCCAGGGGGGAGGAGGGCAGAUGCCUUCUGAUAAUAAACCAUCUGUUAAAAUCAGGUGGGGCCAUGUUUCUUAUCUCUUUCACCACUGUCCACCCGCUGUGGGUAUAUCCUCUGUUAAUGGGCCAUUAAGGCUCACCAAUGACAUGACACAUUACAUCCUCCCAUUGUGAGAUGCUCCACCCAUUGAGGAGGGAGCCAACCAUUCCCUACCCUGAUAAAAACUGAGAUGUAGGAACACCAAGGAGCCUGUUUCCUACUGGAUUCCCGGAGGAAGACCUGGACCCAUCUCACCAGCACUGGACCCUUUUUCUACAGGAUCAUCUGUACUCCACAGAACAACAUGUUACUCCAGGAAGAUUUAUUUGGACUGCUUCCAGCACCCUGGCCGACAGGGUGUCACGUCCUAUUCCUGACUCCGUCAGGGUUUUCUAGGCCUUUUGUUUAUUUGCUUGUUUGUUUUUUUUUUUAUUACUGCAUUUGUAUUUUUAAAAUUCCUAGUAAAGAACUGUUAUACCUAUUCCCACAUUUUAGCUUGAAAGCCCCUAAUUUCAAAAUUAUAAUAAUUUGGAGGGAGGGGGUUUUACACUCUCCAUUCCAAGGAGAGCUCCAAUUUUCCCUGACAGAUGCCUGUCUUGCUAAACCAAGACAGGCUCAUACAUGUGCAUGGACUUUAAUGUCAUCUCCUGGCAUUUGUUGGAGCAGUGUGUUGUGCUGCCAUUGGGAAUACACUUGGAACAAAGUGGGACUUUGGAGACUUCUUUCACUCUGAGCCAGCAGUCUCAGUACAAUGUGUUUAGCACUGGAGAGAGAAAAAACAGAUGCAUGCUUGUUUUUUUUUUUUUGUUUGUGAGGAGGAUCCUUUGAAUGGCUUCCAAGGUCUCGAGGUUCCUGCAUGUUGUGCUGCCUUUUAACUCCAUGGCUGUAGCACACUUGGACGAGAGUUGCAGUUUACACAAGCAAUUGAAAUUGCACAUGCACCGGAUUCUUUAGGCUCUCGGACUUCCUUGCUGCUUGUGUCAGCGCGCCAAAGUGUACGGUGUACUCAAGGCUUUUCUGGGUGGGAAUAUGUAAAAGCUGUCAAUUUCUCCUCUGUUCUAGGCCAGCUGUUUUAUAAACAGGUGUGGUCUAUGGGGACAUUUCCCUCAUUUAAGACUCAUCAUCUUCACUUACACUUUAGUGUUAACUUGUCAUUGCACAACAGAGCUGAAUCCUGAGAGAAUUGUAUAAAAAGCUAAAGUAGUUGAAUUCUACUGAAUUAUCUGACAAUACAGUUGUUUAAUUUUCUUGGAGGAUAAAGCUCACUGAUUCAUUAAUAAAACAGUUGGUUACAUUUUGUAGAAAAUAACUAUAAUUUUAAACUUUAAAGUAAUUACUUGACUACUGCUUAGAGUAUGAAGAUGUACAUUGCAUGAGAUGUCACAGUUGCAGGUACUAGGUGUCAUCCUGAAAGAUUUGGUUGCCUUUGCAGUAGUUAAUGCAGAAAUUGUGUGAAGUUGUUUGCUCUCUACUUGUAAAGUAGGGACAGUCUAACAAGGAUUAUUAGAGGGGUUCAAAAUUGAAAUAUAAAAGGUUUACCUUAGAACUCUACCAAAGUUACUGACAAGUGACUGUCAUCAUGCACAGAGCUGGACACUCACAGUUUUGGUGCAGUCUGGGCAUCGAGCACCAGAUCCUGGCUGAAGUAAUGCCGUUGCAGGUCAGCUCCUGCACCACAAAAUAGCCACAAAUCCUGAGCAUUUUGGAGCAGGCAGUGCAUGAGUGCUGCCCAGUGCAAUGGUUAUGCUGGUGUCUUGAUAUUAAAUCUCUGGGUGGAGGGGCAGUGGGGUUUUGCUGUGGGAUGUGGCAGGAGGAGAAGAAUGGUUUUGUUUCCCCUCAUUAAGUUCCUGCUGUCUGGCUAGGUGCCUGUCAGUGUUUGUCUUGCAGCAGACUACACUGUGAGAUUGCACUGAGUGCAGUUUGUUCCCCUUUUCAUCCCCUCUGGGCUCAUCAGUUUGUGUUCUUCAGGGGCAGAGGCUGUGGCUGCACCCUGGGUCCCACUGGACUUUCUGCUGCAGAAACAAAAGGCACUCUGCACCCACCAGACCUUUCUCUGGGAAUGCUGCUUACAGGUCACAUCUGCUUUGGUGCAUAGGGCUCUCCCCUUUAGACUGUUGCCUCUUACCAAAGCUCAGAGCACUGUGUGGGGGAAGGCAAAACUCAGCUGAAACAAGAUGCUACCAUCCGUGCAUGGUUGCCUGGCAGUGGGGAGAGAGGCUGGGCAGCCAGCAAGUUCCACCUGGCACUGGAAACUGCUUGGAUGUGAUGUUGAACAUGUCUGGGCUAGAAUUUGGCAGCAGGGGAAGGAGAGGGUGUAAUUGCCGGAAAGGCAAAGGCAGGGGCAAAGUAUGGUAACAAGUGAAAAAACACUUGUCAUGGGUUAGCACUGGCCAGAUGUUAAUGCACCCAUGAGUGUAUGUUUUUCUUAAUGAGCUACUGUGAGAUGUGGUCAAGAACAGAGCAGAGCAGGCCUAAAACUUGAAAACAGAGAACAAAACUUUAUUACAUUACAUAAGAACAGAAAUAGAAAGGAAAACUCUAAACACACACAAAAACAGAAAUGAAACCUUCCCAGAACAUUUCUUCUCCUCCCCCAAUUUCCACCCCCUACAUGUUACCUUCCAUAGACCAAAACCUUGGGUUUUAAAUCAAACAAUCACCACUCAAAAAACUGAUCUUCAAUUCAGCAAGGGAGAGAGGAGUCUCUCUCGCACCACAGACUGCUCCUCAGAAAACACAGGUACACCCUUUAUGUGUUUCCAUGUCACCCGUGGCACUGCCUGGAGAAGUCUGCCAUGGUGACACCCUCCUUUCCAUGUCCAGUGCUCUCACCACUGUCUAUGGGCCAAAGCUGCAUAUAGGGCUCUUUUAAGGAUGCUUGCAUGCCGAGCUCUCCCUAUUUUUCCUCUGGGGCUGAGGGUUCCAAGAGCAGGUCUUCCCUGAGGGCAGAGGGUGCCACCACACCCUCCCCUCUCUUCUCUGUUCACUCGACUCUUAAAGUGCCAGUCACUGUAGCAAAAGCAGAGGCAGCUGCAUCCACCCAAAUGCAGUUUAUGUUCAGAAGAGACUUGAGUUCAGUCUAUGGCUAACAUUAUGCAAGAAAAAGUCCAGCUCAGAAGCCACUCCUCUUCAAUCUUUGCCCAUCCAGGGUUCUUUUCAAUCAUACUUUAUCAUCUCGGUCUCAGGCUGUUUCUCUUCUGAAGCCACUAGCCAUGAGAAUCAAUGUCUGGGAAAAAAGUUUCCUUCUGCCAAGAAAGGGUUAACAGUUCCUGGCUCCCGGCAGGGUCCCGGACUCCGCACCUCUUUACACAGCCGGAAACUUCUCCUCUCCCCUCCCCCCGCUCUUUCUUUGCUGCUGCCUGCUGCCAGUGUUCGAAAGGCUGAAGCAGCAGUCUCUCUCCUUGGGGGGGGGACACGGGCGGACGGAAGGCACCUCCAAAGUUCUCCACCCCUCCAUCCUGGAUGGGGCUGGCCCAGCUCCAGUCCCGUUCUCUCUCUUUCCCCGCCCCGGGGCCCCGGGCCUACCUCAGCCCGGCCACGUGGCCCCCCUCCCCCACCCAGCCUGGGUAGGGGAGGAGGGAAAAGGUGCUCCUCUCCUGAAAGCGGAGCCAGAAAAAAAACUCCCUCUGGGAGGCCUCACUUUUAACCCCUUGUGUCCUCAGAGGCGUGUCCAACCCCUCAGUGGCCACUAAAAGUGCCAACAUUCAAACCUGACCACUGAUUGGUUUGACCACAGCCUCUUGAUAAAACUCACUUCCCCUCAAACCAGGACAACACUCAAGAUUGUGAACAGAACAAAGAAAAGCAAAAAGUCAUGCCCUGAUAAAACCACCAAGUGAAUGAAAAUACUGGUUGGUAGGGAACAAAUGAGAGCUUGCUCAUUUCAAGUAAUUGGCAAAACUGAUAAGGGACAACAGCAGAUUUCAAUCUUAACAAUGAAGGGAAAGAUAAACAAUAAGAAAAGGGAAGUGAAAUGAGAGAAAGGAGGGAGUGACUGAUUUGUAACUGCUUCUACCUUGGGUAACCACCGCCUCUGUUCACGUCAAAUGAUUUUAAGAGUCUGUGCAAAACAGAAUCAAGUCUCUUGACUGUGGCUGGCAGAUAUGUGCAACAGUCCUGCUGCACACGCAUUUGGUGUCAGCUAUUAUGUAGUCAGCAAGUCAGACCUCACUAAUGACAUUG